ACAGUUCGAAGCAACUUUGCAACUAAGCUGUAAAAAAAUGGACGAAGAAACUAAUUUGAAUGCAUUGCAUGGUAUAACAGAAGACCAGUGGAAGAUUAUGCUAGAUUGAAACCUGCUUUGUUAAUUAGAAAUUGACAAUCAGAUGCAUUGCCAGUCUUUUUAAUUUUUGAGAAUAAGAAACCAGAUGUACUGACAUUUUACAAUAUAGAGGAUAUGAAGCAGAUGAAUCAACAUUUUUCAAUAUUGAGGACAGGCAAACAGAUGCAUCAUUAUUUUCCAAUUCUGAAAAUAGGAUUCAAUAUGGUACAAAAGUAUAGCACAACAUUUCACUAGAUUCAGUUGCUUAUAUUGAAAAAUUGUCUCAUCUGAUUUAUAAUGAUUUUAAAGAAUUUAAGUAUAAGAAUACCUAAUACAUAGUACUUUCCUCUUUGUUAGGAAGCUAAUGAAUAAAGAAAACACAAACUGGUGAGAAUUGUGUGAUAAAUGAGGUGUGAACUUAAAUCAAAUGGCACUGCAUAUGAAAAGUCACGCAGGAGUGAAGCAACAUUAAUCUAUACUAAAUAAUUCAAAAGCUCACAGAGAAACUCUUUCUGGAGCUCUUAAUUUAUUUGUUUGUCAGAAGAAGCUUGUCAGAGUCAGUAUUUUAUUUGAAUAUGUAAAAUCUCACUCAGGAGAUAAACAUGAAUGUGAUGUUUGUUUUAAAAAGUUUGUUAAGAAGUCUUAUUUAGAAAGACAGAAAAAUUCAUUCUGGAAAGGUAAAUGUGAAUGUUAUAUUUAUCAUAAAAUGUUCAAACUAAAAUCUUAUUUAUCUAAUAAUUCAAAAUUUAAUUUAAAGAAUAAACAUGAAUGUAAUGUUUGCCAUGCACAAUUUGUCCAUAAGUGGUAUUUGAAUGCACACAAAAAAAUUCAUUUUUUGGGUAAACCUGAAUGUAAUGUUUGUCAUAAAAAAUUUGCUUCAAAAUCUAGCUUAGAUAUACACAAAAAAAUUCAUUUUUUGGGUAAACCAGAAUGUAAUGUUUGUCAUAGAAAAUUUGCUGCGAAAUCUAGCUUAGAUACACACAGAAAAAUUCAUUCUGGAGAUAAAUAUGAAUGUAAUGUUUGUCAUAAAAUGUUUACUCUAAUAUCAUAUUUAAAAAUACAUAGGAAAUAUCAUCAUGAUCAUGGUAAUUUGCAUUAUGAAUGUGAUCUUUGUCAUAAAAAGUUUAUUCAUAAGUUUAAUUUAAAAUCACACAAAAAACUUCAUUAUGGAGUUAAAUAUCAAUGUGAUCUUUGUCAUAGAAUUUUCAAACUAAAAAAAUAUCUAUCCAACCAUAUAAAAAUUCAUUUAAUAGACAAGUUUGAAUGUAAGGUUUGCCAUAAAACAUUUUUCCAUAAUCGGAGUUUUAAUAUACACAGUAAAAUCCAUUCUGGAGAUAAAUAUGAAUGUGAUGUUUGUCAUAAAAAAUUUUCACAGGAGUUAUAUUUAAAAACACAUAGAAAAAAUCAUAUUGAAGAAAUGCAACAUGAAUGUGAUAUUUGUCAUAAAAAAUUUGCCCAUAAGUUUAAUUUAAAUUCUCAUAAAAAAAUUAAUUCUGGAGAUAAAUAUGAAUGUGAUGUUUGUCAUAAAAUGUUUAAAGUUAAAUAUUAUUUGUCUAGACAUAGAAAACUUCAUUUAAUAGAUCAACAUGAAUGUGUUGUCUGCCACACAAGUUUUGCCCUCAAAUCUUAUUUAUAUAAACAUGUAAAAAUUCAUUCAGGAGACAAAAAACAUGAAUGUCCUGUUUGUCAAGAAAAGUUUAAAUUUAAAUAUGAUUUAAAUAGUCAUACAAAAAUUCAUUCUAUAAACAAAAUAUAAAUUGGGUAUAGGGCAUUAAAUGUUUAUCCAAAGGUCUAGUCCCUAUAGACAUAUAUGAAUUGUUAUUUGUAUUAAAAAGUUGAAACAACAAUCCAUACAUCUGUUAUACCAUAAAAAUGCUUGUGAUAAUAUGUGUUGCAUUUUAAAAUAAAUUUGCCUUGUAAAUCACUUCUUGACCUCAACAUACUUUCUCUGUCAUCCAAUAUUUUUGAAAACAAUGUUAUCUGUAAUAGAAUGCAAGUAUU